AUGGUUUCUUCUCGCACGUGGAAAGAGUUGGGCGUUUUUGGCGGCCUUAUUGUCGCUAUGCAUGUUGCCUACUACACAAUCCAGAAUAAUCCAUCUUUAGUAGCACCACAUCAGAGAUCGGAGUUGUUCUAUGUAUGUUUUAAUUUUUAUGGCUUCAACUUCUACUUGUAUUAUCUUGUGAAUUGGCCAGAGUACUAUCAAGUUGCUGAGCACCCCAAUGGACAAAUCAUGGGAUAUAUCAUGGGCAAAGCUGAAGGAAGAGAUGAGAAUUGGCAUGGUCACGUUACAGCGCUUUCUGUAGCCCCGGAUUAUCGUCGUCUUGGGCUCGCUGCUCGUAUGAUGCAUACGCUUGAACAUAUUUCUGAAAUGAAGAAAGCCUAUUUCGUCGACCUUUUUGUUCGUGUAUCAAAUCACAUUGCAAUUUCAAUGUAUAAGGCGCUAGGAUACGUCGUAUACAGGGAAAUAAUCGACUAUUACUCGGGACCAAGGGAUGAAAACGCAUAUGAUAUGCGUAAAGCAAUGUCUAUGGACAAAGAAAAGAAAAGUGUCAUACCGUUACCUCAUCCGGUCCAUUCGAAUGACAUAUGA